AUGGGGACGGUGCUAUUGGAAUCAACCUCAUCGACCCCUUCGCGCCCCCAGUCAUUGAACCUCGCUGUCUCUCCUACUCUUACGACGGGCAAAUGGAGGUUGAGUCACUACGGUCAACCGAAACUCCUGGCCACGCAGCAAGUCCAAGCUCUUGGAGCAACGGAAACGCUGCCUUGGGUCAUUGCCCUGAGCGACUCUGACAUUUUGGAAUUCGUUGAAGGAGUCAGCGCUACAGAGUAUCACUAUACUGGGACCUGCGCUAUGCUUCCCAGGCCACUUGGUGGUGUCGUGGAUUCCAACCUUAAUGUGCAUGGGAUCGAUGGCUCGAGGGUAGUCGAUGCUAGUAUCAUGCCUUUACUUCCAUCGGCGCAUAACCAGGCGACGGUCUAUGCAAUCGCUGAAAAGGUAAAAUUGCGCCCCUACGCAUGA